UUCCGUUACGCGGUCGUGCGCCAUCUUGAAAAAAAAAUUGAAAAAAUGUACAAGUUUUGUCUACUGCUCGUGUUGGUGGCCUGUGCGCUGGUAGUGACGGAGGCUCAGCUGACUUUUACUUCGAGUUGGGGGGGCGGAAAGAGGUCCGCGGCGCCGAACCCUUGUAGGAGUGAUGAGGCUGUUGGACAGAUUUACAGAAUGAUACAGGCGGAAGCAGAAAGACUACUCCUCUGUCAGAAGCCCUGAACCCACAACCGCGACCGCUAACUUUAACCUUUACCAGUAUUUAGUUAAGUGUUUAUACGACUACGAGCAGUUAGAGCCAAACUGUGUUCCUUACGCAUAUUUUAUAUCAUGUUUAUAAAUAUAUGAUGUAGUUUU